UAAUAAUAAUAAUAAAAAGAAUCCCAUUUAUUAUCGCACCAUUACAAUGUCUCUUCUUGACUCUCUCUUCCACCAUUGUCUCUCUUUCUCUUCUUCUCUUUCCCCUAGAACAUCAAAACCCAAACCCAAACCCAAACAUUCCAUUACAUUACACUUUACAUGCAAUGGCGAGUGCGUGGGUGAAAUCGUGGCAGUGCAAGUCAAGAGCUUUCGAAGACGUGUACCACCCACACCCCAAAAUCCUGAGUGCAAGCUGCAGAAAGACCAUGGAAAGCAUAAAAGAAAUGGUGGAAAUACCCAAGCCCAGGCCCAGGCCCAAGCCAAAGACACCCUUGGAGAAACAUCCGAGCUCCAAAUACCCAUCAUCAGCCACCAAACCUGAAUUCGAAGCACGAACCACCAUGACACGUUCCCGAAGCAGCACGACAACGACAACCUCGUCGCGUGGCAUCAUUGAACUUCCCGAAGGCCACCCUUCGCGCAAUGUUGUCGAAAUCAUCUUCCACACCAGCUGGGGCCCCAAGCCGUUCCCGGGUCGGGUCGAGCUAAUUUUCAAGCUGCAGAACGCGCCGCGCACAGUGUCGCGCUUCGAGGAGUUUCGCGAGGCAAUGAAGGGGCUCGCCGAGGGCAACGACGGCGAGGAGAACGCGCGGUGCAUCGCCGACGGGAACGAGGUCAUGCGGUUUCACUGCCUGGGUCCCGCCGGGGACGGUGGGCCCUACGACGCUGGAUGUGCAUGGUCGUUUCCGGAGAAGAAGGGGGCGGCGAUUUGCACGUUUUCUGGCAGCGGCGGCGCGCAUGAAACCGCCGGCGGAGGUAGGGGGAGAAGGGCCAUGUUGGUUUGUCGGGUUGUAGCGGGUCGGGUCUCAAAGCAACUCGGGUUUCUGGACUCGUUGUUGGACAAGCGAGUCGGGUUCGACUCGGUGAGUAGGGAUAACGGCGAGUUGCUAGUUUUUGACUCGCGUGCGGUAUUGCCCUGCUUUCUUAUUAUUUACAGGUUGUAAAAAAAAUGAAAAGAAAAAUUAUUUACCUUAUUUGUUUUUUUUUAAAAAAAAAAUUGGAGAUGUAUGUAUGUUUAUCAGUUUAUGUAUCUAUUUUGAGUGUUGGGAGCAUAGAAUUGUAGGAUCACAGCGGGCAUUUAUCGACGCAAUUUUUUCUGUUUUGGUUAAAAUUAAAAUGUAGUACUUAAACUUGUUUUCUGUAAUUACGAUGAAAUUGAGUUGAUAAAUGCUCGCUCGGAAUUUGAAUGCUUCAUUUGUUUGUAUGGUUGCCUCCAUCUUUUAUGAGAGGAUAAUGAUAUAUGGAUAUUGAGUGUGGAUCUAAAUGAUU